UGAUCUUCACUUGAGCCGAAACAAAUACAGUUGCUUUUUCUUUCUGUCUUUUUAGACAGUAUAUUGCUAACUCUAAAAAACUAGAAGCAGUGGAGAAAUUUUUUCUGUAUCUGUCUGGGAAUUUCCUCGAAGCUGCAAUCCAAUACGCAUUUUAAAGGGAAGUGGGAUGUCCAUGCUUGGAAUGUAAAGACUGCCAUUUUUCCUAAUUUCCUAAUUUCUAACAAGAAUUGAGUCUCUUUUUAGUUCUUUACCCAUUCCUCAAGUAACCACAAUAAUGGAUAAUCCAAGAAGACAUCUGAAGAAGCUGAAAAAGAGACGUUCAAGUCUUUUUGCAAGUGUUAAACUCAAUGCCAGCUUUUCACAGAGUAUAGAGGAAGAAGAGAGUGCCUUUCCUUUUUCACAAGACAGCUCUGUGAAACCUUGGACGUCGAUGGACAACCUUGAUACUCCACCUCAGGCAAGUGACAAAAUAGUUCAAGAAAAGAGGAAAGGCAGUGAGACUGAAGCAGCAAAGAUGCCACACCGUCAUUCAACUGUGAUCAAUGUUAAUGUAGGUGGAAAAGUCUUUACAAUUCCCAAGCACCUGGCUAUCAGAUACCCUAAAACCAGAAUAGGAAGCUUAGCCCUGUGCAGAGAUCCCGCCAAGCAGCUAACGCUCUGCGAUGACUAUUGUGUGCUCACGAAUCAGUUUUUUUUUGACCGGGAUCCUACUUUCUUCCACUACAUCUUCCAUUUCUAUUGUAGCAAUGUAUUAUGGGUAAUGGAAAGUCUUUGCCCUGUCAAUUUUGAGGAGGAGAUGCAGUUUUGGGGCCUGCGCUUGAGGGACACUCCUCGCUGUUGUCGCAUUCUCUACGAGGAGAAACUAGACGAGAUAAGAGACCAGCUCAAAGUGAACAGGGAGCUUAUGGCAGAAAUCGAGCCCCAGCAUAGUGAAAAGGGUUUCAAAACCAUGUUUUUUGGUGGCAUUCGUAAGAUGCUAUGGGACCUGAUGGAGAACCCAUACUCCUCGAUGGCUGCUAAGGCCUUUGCUGUGUUCUCCAGCCUCUUUGUGCUCAUCUCCAUUGUAGCGAUGACUCUAAAUACUGUGAAUGAACUGAAAGAUUAUAAAAUCUACGGAAGGACCUACAUGGAGUGUGUGGAGAUCACUUCAAUUCUCUUCUUCACCUUUGAGUACUUCCUUCGCUUGCUGACAACUUGCAACGUCAAGCAUUUUCUGAAGAGUGCACUUAAUUUUGUAGACUUAGUGGCUGUCAUGCCUUACUUUAUCCAGCUGGUAUUUGAGGCGUUUGCUGACCAGGAAGAUCUCAGCGUCCAAGAUGAUCUGAAAACGAUGUCGAGAGUUAGCAAAGUUAGCAAAGUGCUAAAAGUUGUCAAACUCAUGCGAAUCUUUCGCAUCCUGAAACUGGCGAGGCACUCGACGGGCAUGCGGGCCUUUGGCUUCACUCUUCGCCAGUGUUUUGAGCAGGUCUGCUGCCUGUUUCUGUUCAUUAUCAUGGGGAUCUUCACCUUCUCUGCCCUAAUGCACUCAGUGGAACAAGAUGUUGCAGGAACACCAUUUAGCAGUAUACCAGAUGCCUGGUGGUGGGCAGCGGUGAGCAUCUCCACUGUGGGAUACGGAGAUGUGGUCCCCAUUUCUUACUCUGGUCGAGUGGUAGCCUUCGGGUGCAUAUCUUUUGGUAUUAUUCUGAAUGGAAUGCCAAUCUCCAUCCUGUUUAACAAGUUCUCUGACUAUUAUGCCAAGCUGAAGGCCCAGGAGGACACUAACACAAAAGUGCAGCAGGGCUUGAACCUCAAAAAAAGACUGCAAAGAAAAUUUGAGAACUGCUUCGAGCCCCAAUCUGAAGAAUCCGAUGAGGACAAUAGACAUCAUAUUGGUCAGUGUCAUCACUAAACGUCCUUGUCACCCAAACUGCCUUCACUGCCCUUGAACAGAGAGCUCAGGUUCCCAGCCUGCCUUGAAUUAAAUCGGGAUUUAAAAGAUGAGUGUACGCCAGGUUAAAGUAAAUUAAGCCGUUAGCUUUAAGAUGGCUUACAAAUGGCAUGUCGCUGAGGAUCUUUGGCGCACUACCUCGUGCUGAUUUUCAGCAGCAUCUGUUCAUUUCAGGAAACAAAUGGAUUCAGAUAAAAAAGGUAUUACAUCACAGACUGCAGACUAUUAAUUGCAACAUCAACACAGACUGGUGGAAGUGCACUGUACAGAUAAAUACAUAUAAGAAUCCUGAAGUUCUGAAGAUGUUUCUUCCUCAAUUAAAAUAAAAAGGAUUUCCGUGGAUCAAGUGAGACUUACGUGGCCUUCAGACACCUUUGGUGUAUUUGGAGUGUUGCUUUCACAUAUUUUCUAUUCUAGGUCAAGUGCAUUUUGAUGCUAUGACUCUCAAGGACUGAUAAAACUGGAAUAAUAAUAAUAAUAAUAAUAUUUUACAUUUACCUUUAUUUUAGAUUAGCCUAACAUAUGUUUGGACUGUUUUUGGAAGUUCUGAAGAGUGAUUUCCCAUACUGUUUUAUUAUUUGUAAUGAUUUUUAUUUAUAAGACCAUAUCAACAGUAAGUCAGAGGACACAAUAACAAAUUUCUUGUUCAUUUCUCCCAGUAUAAUCAUAUAUUUUUCCUAUAAUACAUUAUAUCAUCAUAUCAUCAAACUUUUAGAUAACAUAGGGCUCUGUGUCACAUGACAUAUUCCUGCAACUUGCAUAUACUGAAAAACUAAUAAAAGAUAUGAAAAUUUGGCUCAUAAGAUAGAACUAGAUCAUAGUAUGUGUCUCGCUAUAUAAAUAAUUCAGUAUAAUCAUUACUUAAAAAUCUUUAGGCUCCAUGAAACUACAUGAAACAAGCAACAUUUUCUGUAUUUAGCCCAUGCACAAUGUGAAUCUCAGAGGAGCUGCUUUCGUUUGGCUUAGUAUUAAUGGCUUUGUUUGUAUUGCUUUAAGAGUUUUCCCAUGAACAUCUUUAUUUUUAUUAUUUUUUUUUUUCUUCUCUGAAGACAAUCGAAGUGCUAAGUGAGCACGUAAGCUACCGUCUGUGAGAAGUCAAGCGUCUGACUUAAUGUCUAAUGGGAUUUAAGGAUCAAGAGGACCCGUGAUGCCAAUGUUUUGAGUGAAAUGUUCAACUUCAAUUAAGGGAUUGUAAAGACAGGAGCCAUUGACAGUUGCAUGUUAGUGGCCUUUGUUAUAAAGGAAAGGUCAUCCUCUGCCACUGACAGCAGGAAUUACUGCAUAGCGGUCAUUUAUGGGAUCAUCUAGUGAAUUCAGACAAUACUGGAAUAACUAAUGUAUCUUUUUGUUAUUUAUUACAUGUUUCUCCUCUGUUGCUUAACCCCCUGUGCUUAAUCCACACCAACAGCAAACACAAAAUUCAUCAGUAUUUCAAAUCAAAACGAAUUCAAGAAAGUGCCCUGCAUGUCUUGCAUAAUCUUUUUAAAGAUCUUGAUGUAUAAAAGUAUGAAGAUGAGAUGACCACCAAUUUCCUGUUAAAACAUUUAAAGAUAACUUAAAGAUUCAAGAUGAUGCAUACUGUAUAUCACAAGAUAUUAUUAAGGGAAUUAAUAAAUGAUUGCAUUUA